AUGUUUUAUUACAUAGGUUCGAUUACUUUAGCUUCAAUUCUAUCAUUGCUUCCGUUCUCCGAUAACAUGUAUGGUUGGGAUGCGCCUGAAGGAGCAUGCUUUUUCCGUGACUCGGGUACAAGAUUGAGUAUUGUAUGGCAAUGGUCAGCAUUCUAUUCUUGGGAAUUACUUUGUAUAUUAUAUUGUAUAAUAACAAUAAUGUGUGUUACGGUGAAAUUAUACAAAGUGUCAAACCAAUCAGUAAGCACUAAUAUUAGUGGUCAAACAAUAACAAGUAGAUAUGAUAAGAAUGUUUUAAGGAACAAGGCCAUCAUAUCAUUAGUAGUUAAAAAGGUUAUAUGGUAUCCUGUUGUGCCUAUAAUAACUCAGGGACCAAAUUUUUUAGUUGAAACUGACAUUUAUGUUAACCAGAGAAUCAAUUAUGUAUUUUUAAUACUGUCUACUCUCCUCUCAUUUCAAGGUUUUCUCAAUACCAUAGUAUUUAUGCAAGAUCUCGCGGUUUCCAGAGCUUAUAAAUUAACGAAAUUAAACUGGUGGUGUAAUCACGUUAAUAAAUACGAAGAGUUAUAUCCUCAUUUAUCACGUAAUAAAGCGUUUGAUCCAUUAGAAUCGAUUGAUCGGGUUGAUCAUGAAUUAAAAGAUGAACAGCAGAGAGAAAGUCAGCAACAACCUUCCCUUGCCGAAAAAUUACGAUACAAUUUGUUAACCUUAUUAUUUAGUAAACCAAAAGGAGAUGAAGAGUUGAUUGAAUACGAUCAAUAUGUGACGACAAGAGAUGAAGAAGAAACGGAUUUCACACAAUCAAUAAAUGAAAAAUCUGGUAGUGAUACAACAACAGUAAAUGAUGACGAUUAUUCGCUGGAAGAAUUUAAUAAAACUGUAUUAUGCAAAUUAGGAUCUAGAUUUGCUCAAACCGAGUUGAAUCCGAUUCUACAACUACUUUGA